AUGCGCCCAGUGAUAGCUGUGGAUGCCACUCAUUUAAAAUCCAAGUACAAGGGUGUUAUGUUUGUAGCAAAUGCAUUCGAUGGUAAUCGAAAUAUAUAUCCUCUUGCUUUUGGGAUCGGGGAUUUGGAGACGGAUGCAUCAUGGCAUUGGUUUUUCACUAAACUUCAUGAAGCCAUUGGUGAGUGUCCCAAUCUUGUUAUUAUUUCUGAUCGAAAUGUUAGCAUACAGAAUGUGUGGAACAAAGUUUUUCCAACUGCGCAACAUGGCAUAUGCUUUUAUCAUAUGAAGGGGAACAUGAAACGCACUUGCAAGUUGAAAAAGCGUGAUCCAAUACUUAUGCACUUUGAGCAGGCUGCGAAAUCUUAUUCCAUUGCUGAAUUUGAUUGUCAUUUUCGCAAGAUCAAGCGAAAGGAACAUGUUGCUCAAUAUCUUGAAGAGGCAGGGUUACAUAAGUGGUCUAGAGCUCACAUGGAUGGACGCCGCUACAAUGUAAUGACAACAAAUAUUGCGGAGUCAAUCAACUCAGUCCUUAGGUUUGCAAGGACGCUGCCAGUGGUUCAUUUGAUAGGGGAAAUUAUGAAUCUCCUUGUCAAAUGGUUCACCGAACGUCUUGAGUUGGCUUUGAAUUGUAGAAAGUUUCAGCUUGAGCAGCUACCUUGCAAGCAUGUAGUUGCAGUUUGCCGCUUCUUGAAAGUAAAUGUAUACUCAAAGGCUUCUCGGUAUUACACUCGGAAAACCUGGAUGGAUGCUUAUUCGGAUAGCAUCUACCCGAUACAGCCUCACGGAAUGUGGGAUAUUCCUGAAGAUGUUCGAAGUCGAGUUGUGCUGCCUCCCAUUGCAAGGGUCAUGCCAGGCAGACGAAAGAAGAUAAGAAUUCCCUCGCAAGGAGAGGGCACCAUUAGAAGAAAGUGCUCAAG